GAACUGUGAUUGGCUGUGGCGCAGGCUGCUAUCAGUUUGAAAUGUUGGGCGUGGCAAGGAAAUGUUGGCAUGUGUCAAGAAGGGCGGAAUUUUGGUUUUUUAAUGUAGGGGUUUUAUUUAAGAUAUGAAGAAUUAGGAGAUGGAAUGAGAGCGCUCGGUAUGGCAGGAUUCCUGUUACUCAUUUGUCCCCUUCAAACAAAGCUUCAAAUCAAGGACAUCUAACAGGGAUAUGAUUUAGCCUGAAGUCUAAGUUAGAGAAAAUGGGCAAGGACAGUCAACGGCGUCGGAAACUGAGAGCCAGAGCAAAGCGUUUAGCAAACAGGAAGGAAGUUAUCAUUCAGCCUCAGUGUUCAAGUUCUCUCCCUCCAAAGCUUCUGGUUUCACCCUGCAGCUGGAGCAAACCUCUUUACUCAUGGCCCUUGACAUUUCUGAGCAUUGCAGUAGUGAAGGCUUUACUGACCGCAGGGUUGUGUCUGUACAGGUGGUGCCAGAAAAGUGUUGGACGGUUCUUUCAAGUCGUCAAAAAAAUUGUGUCUCCAUCAAACACGCGUCUGCAGGAGUUGGCUGCACUCCGGGAACGGUUAGAAAAGCUGGAAACUGAAUUUGCCAGCCUACAGUUGCUGGUCAAGAAUGGAACUGUUGUGCCUUUCUCGGAAAAGCCGCCUUGCCAGAUGCAGUUGGAGAAACCGGAGCCAGCUUUUCCCGCGCAUGCGCAGCUGGGCCUUCCAGAAUCUUUGCCUCCACAGCCCUUGGCUCCCCCACCUCCCCCACCCCCUCCGCCUCCCCCACCUCCUCCGCCCCAGCCUCUACCUGCACCUCUCCAUCUCAGAAGAUCUGAUGGCAUUAAGACGCCGGCAGCCUCUUUAAAAAAAGACGUACCCAUGCAGAUAACACUCCAGGACCUCCUAAAUGUGAAACUAAAGAAGGCCCAAAGCGGCAUGGGGAUAGACAAGAGGAGAUCGCCGUUUGAGAGGCGCAAGGCAUUAAUCACCCUCUCCGACUUGCAAAGCAUCAAUCUGAAAUCCAAAGCCCCAGGACCACAAGCUCGGGUUACCAGUCACUUGAUCACUCCUAGCAGAAGCAGCUUAGAUUUCCGGAAACACUUGAGAAAAGUCGCUAUUGAGAGGAGCCCAGGUGGAACCCCGUUAAGCAACAAAGAGAACAUGGAGACUGGCACAGGACUUACACCCAUCAUGACCCAGGCUCUGCGGCGCAAGUUUCAGUUGGCUCACCCAAAGAGUCCUUCUCCAUCCCUGUUGCCUAAAGGAAGCAGCUUUGAGGAGCAAAGUUAGCAUCUCCUGCCUGCCUGCAGUUCCCCGUGCUGGUUUUCUGGACUCUGCUGAUCGGCACUACUAAUGUGGAAGGAAUUUAUUUUUCAAUAAAAUACACUGGGAGCAGGGAGGGGAAAAGAAAGGAUGAUCUUCACCGUCCUUUAGAACAGAACUCACCAUCCCCAGGUGAAACACACAAUGGAGAGACAGUAUAAGUAUUUUUCUUCCCCAGCCUACAUGCUGAUUUUUAUUCCUUUAUGGCAGAGAUAGAGAAGUUGUGGCUCUCUAGAUUUGUUGAACUACAAUUCCCAGCAGCAUCCAGAGAGCAUCUCUCCUUGUUUAACACCAUACUGGCAAAUAUGAGGUUAUCACUAUAAAGCACCUUUAGGAUAUAAAAUACCUGCAUGGGGAAUUGGGCAUUCCUAACCUUGUUUUAUUUGUAACUUACUUGAAACGUUUAUAUAUAUAUAUUUAAAGUAUUUACUAUUUUUUAAAAAGAUUUGGGGAGAGUAACAUUUAAAGAAACUCCCAAGUUCUUAAAAUUCAGAAGGGUGGCAGUUAAUUUUGGAAAUUUCAUCUAAAGUGGAUGUGUACACAUGAAUUUGUGUAUGUUUUCUCCAUAAUGAAGAAUACCUUUUUACCUUCUCCUAGAGGGGAAAGUAUAUGUUUUCCUCAAUAAGGGAAAAUGCCCCUUUCUCUGAGGGGGAAAAGUGAAUUGCAGAGGAAGUCUAACAUGCCUUUGUACCGGAAGAGGCUGAAUGUUCAGCAAACCUCAAAUGAGGUUUUUGCUUCUGGUUUGAGAUCCUGAUGCAUGCUGAGUCGUUCCUGACACCCUCUUGGUCUGCUGAGAGGCAAUGAGGUUCUGCCAUGGCGGAAGAGGUUGGAAUCAUCGGCUGGUCAUUCAAACACUCCUUAAACAAUGUGAGUAGCACCUAGAGCUAUUUACAGAGUGUACCAUUAUGUACAGAUUGUAUCUGUAAGAUGGAGACUAGGUUCUGGUUGAAGAUGACAGCUAUUGUUUUCAAAGUGCUGAUGAUGAUGCUUUUCUCUGGGGUACAGACUUCUCAUAGGUCCUGCUCUCUUCAGUCAGACUGGGUUUUGAAUAACUCCAGAACUUGUUUAACUGGAGAUUCAUCGAACAGAGGAAAGCUAUUGAAAAAGCCACAGCAGCUCAUCUAAAAAGCUGUAUUGGCAAUCUGAAGAAUUUGCCUCGAGUCUGCUUGCAAGUGCAUUAAAAGGCAAAGUAAAUUUGCAGGACCAGAAAGGAAGCUUCAUCUCAUUGGUUUUCCAGGGCCGUUGACAUGCUGCUUUUGCAUCAAACCCAUGAGCAGCUCAAAAGGGCGCCAGCAUCAAAUUGCCUUGGCAGUGCAAUGGAAGGAAAUGCCUUAACUAGAUAGCAAUCCUUUCAAUUCAGACGCUGUGGUAACCAACUCUUGGUCUCCUUUAGAUGCAGUUGGGUUAGAUCCACACCAUACAUGUAAAGCACAGGUGCUCCCCUGCCGAAAAAAACACAAAGAAUUCUGGGAAUUGUAGUAUACCCCCACAGAGCUUUUGUUCCCAGUAGUACAGUUCCCAAGAUUAUUUGUGAGAAGCAAUGUUGUUUAAAUGUAUGCUGUAGAAUGUGGUCUUAGUGUUUUGAAAGGAUAUUGUGAGCAUAUGCGCGUUGUUGAAGUGCCCUGGGACAAAUGGCGCCAGUUUUCUCCUGAUAUGCCUAUGAUACAUUAUUCUGUAGCUUGGAAUCUUGGAGAUUGUUCAUCUGUGCAAGGAUGGGGCCUCUUAAGAGCACCCUCAAAAGUUCCCAGGGAUAAGCUUUUUAAAAAAGUGUGUGUGUGUGUGUGUGUGUGUGUAGCUUCGUAGAACAAGGAUCUGGACCCUGUGGUCCUGCCAGACAGUGUUGGACUACAACACCCAUCAUUCCAGACCAUUGGUUAAGCUGCCUGUGGAUGAAGGGAGUUUGAGUCUAGUGACACCAGGAGGAUCAUAGGCUCCCCAGCUCUGCUGCAGAGUAAACAGACACCCUUCAGACUGUCCAUCUGAAACAUGGAGCAUUCCAGAAAAAAGAUUGAACCUUUUAUGCUAAGGUAGAGAUGGCCAGUAGGCUAAAGUGGUCCUAAAUGUACACGUCUACAUAUGCAUGCUGCAUUAUACAGCUGUAACCCAGCUCACCUAGUUACAGUUAUUUACAAGUUUACACUAUGUUUCUGCAUCCGUUUCUUACCCAUUACUCAUUUUAUUGCUGUUUGUUACGUGUGUCAAUUCAAUCGCUUUGCUGCUUACCUCCUGCACAUUUCAAAGACAAAUAGCUUCUGUAGCUACCUGUGGCACAAUUUGGAGCAACUUGAAACUAAAUAUUGUAAAGCAGCGCGGACUGAAAUCAGUUCAAUAAAAAAAGAAUAUGGCAAUCUG